AUGCGCAGUUAUAUCCAAUUCCUCACAACACCCACGGUGGAUACGCCUGGGACCACAUUGCUUUUGCACUUCGAUAAUAAAAGAUAUCUGAUUGGGAAUAUUGCGGAGGGAACUCAAAGAGCAUGUGUGCAGUGCAAAAUUGGGUUGAUGAAGGUCGCAGAGGUUUUCAUGACUGGAAAAGUGGAUUGGGCUUCGACUGGAGGAAUGUUGGGCAUGAUUCUUACCUUGGCAGAUGCGACCAGCACUUCGAGAGAGGCACAAUUUCAACAUGAGAACGCGAAAAUGCAGAAGAAAGGAGCGCUUGCCGCAAAACCAGAGAAGGCUUUUCUAAACAUCCAUGGGGGGGAGAAUCUGACACAUCUACUUGCGACGGCUAGAAGAUUUGUGUUCAGGAAUGGGAUGCCAUUAUACACAAAUGAGUAUCGCCCGGAUAGAGAGCAGAGAACGAAUUGGAGUCCUACGUGGAGUGAUGAUAAUAUCAAGGUUUGGGCUAUGGCAGUUAAGUCGGAAAAAAGUGCGAAACGUAGUGGGAAAAGAAGCCAUGAUGAAUUUUCAGAUGAUUCUCCGGACGGUUCUCUGGCUGAAAAAAGCCAGGAUCUUAUACUUAAGGAAGCCCAAGAACUUCAAGAUGAAGAGGAUAAUAAACAUCAAAUACGAAAGUCUGUCGUAUCUUCUAUGUUCGAUUCAGAUUGGAAAUUGGAUACUCUUCAUUCUAUGAAACUCAAGGAUGUUAGAAUGCCUGCUGCCAUUUUCAUUAGGGAUUCAGACGGUAAGAUACAGAGAUAUCAAGGACCGAAACCCGGAGGAGCUCAGGAAGUUCCCGAUAUUGAAGUCCUUACACGAAAACCUUGGCCAGGAGCACUCGUGGAAUCUUUACCUCAGACUAAACCUUCCACCAGUUCAGUCUCAUACAUUAUCAAGAACUAUCCUCAGCGUGGAAAGUUUAAUGCCAAGGAAGCCGAGCGAUUGAAUGUCAAGCGAGGUGCUGAUUAUCGAACUUUGGUGUCAGGGAAAAGUGUGAUUGCGACUGAUGGUACCAUUGUCACUCCAGAACAAGUCUUGGGAGAAAGUAAAGAAGGUAGCGGUGUUGCCAUUCUGGAAGUACCUGAUGUCUCUUACAUUAAAGGACUACUCGCUCGUGAAGAGUGGAAAUCAGAAGAAGUCAUGGCCGGUGUUGAAUUAGUGAUUUGGAUUUUGGGACGUGGUGUUUUAGCAGACCCCAGUAUACAAAAGUUCAUGGAAGAGUACAAGAAAUUCACACAUAUCGUCUCUUCGCAAGAUAAUUCUCCAAAUUAUCUUACUUUUAGCUCGGCCGCAGCCCAGGCCAUUCGUUUGCAUCUUCUCGAUUCAGAACGUUUCCCAAUUCCUUCAUUCAGCAAUGCAUCCGAGCCACCAUCUCAGCCCGUACCAUAUUUAAGGGCAAAAUUAGGGAAAACAAUGCUGCUUGAACCAAAAUUUGAGAUUCAAGAUGACAAGUGCAUUCCUUAUCUUGAUACUCAACAGGUGGUAAAGGAAGCAGAUCCUGAAGUCCUUGCUCUGGCAAAUGAAGCUCGAAAAGAGAUCAUGAGCCCAGAGUAUCAAGCAAAGCUUGAUGAAGUUCAAAAAGACAUACCAUGUAAAGAUGCAGAAGUUAUUACUCUCGGAACUGGUUCGGCUUUGCCUUCGAAAUAUCGAAAUGUUUCAGCUACUUUACUCCGUAUUCCUGAAUAUGGCAAUUACUUAUUUGACGCUGGUGAGAAUACGCUUGGUCAAAUGAAAAGAGUCUUUGGCAAAGAUUUACCAGGUGUACUUUCCAAUCUCAAAGCAAUUUGGAUCAGUCAUCUUCACGCUGAUCAUCAUCUCGGCACUGCUUCAGUUAUUAAAGCAUGGCAUGAUGAGACAUCUAAGAAUGAAGCAACGAGAAACAAUAAACUUGCUAUAGCAUCGGAUCACGGUAUGAUUCAUUGGUUGACGGAAUACUCAGAAGUCGAGCAUUAUGGAUUUGAGAGACUUGAGCUUAUUGAGAUGACUCCAGCAGUCAACAAUCUCUAUGAAGAAUUCACGGCAGCACAAACCGAAGCAUUCGGUCUUUCAUCUAUUCAAGCUUGUCAGGUGAGCCAUUGUCAUGGCGCUUUGGCAGUUGCAUUCAACUUUCCAAACGGAUUCAAGGUUGCUUAUUCAGGUGAUUGUCGACCUUCACAAGACUUUGUUAGAAUUGGCCAGGGUGCAACAUUGUUGAUUCACGAGGCUACAUUCGAUGACGAACUUCAAGGUGACGCUAUUGCCAAGAAACAUUCAACCACCUCAGAAGCAAUGAAUAUUGGAAAGGGUAUGGGAGCAAGACGUAUUUUACUCACCCAUUUCUCCCAAAGGUAUCAAAAGAUACCAGUAAUGGAUAGUGAAGUUACAGAUCAAGUUGCCAUUGUCGCAUUUGAUUACAUGAAAGUUAAGAUAUCUGAUUUUUCGAAGAUAGCGGCAUUUAGACCAGCGUUAUUAAAGCUUUAUGAAGAGAAAGAAUAG